GUGCUGCGCGCGGCCCCGCCGGCUGUGUCCGUACGUGCUGCAGUGCUGCCAGUGCCGCCCGGCCCGCGAGAUGCCCGCGCCGGCCCCGCGCCGCCCAGCGGAGUGGAACCACCAAGAGCCGCGGUCGCUGUCGGCAGCGGCGCCGUGCCCGUGGCGGGGCCAGCUGUGCAUCGGGGGCCAGCGCCUCUGCACCAUCGGCCUGAGGAGCGAGCACAGCGCGGGCAGCGUGCCCGCCCAGCUGCCUCCCAGCCUGGACAUCAAACACGUCAUGGGAUUGUCUGACUUGAAGAAAAAACUGCCAGAAGCUGCAUUUGGGAAAAAAAAUUACACUAGGAAUGAAGUCUGCUUUCAGGGUGUUUACUCCAGUCUCUAUGAGGUGGAAAUAUCCAAUAAGGAUCAAUCCAAAAUGGAUCAGCUGGUGGAAAAUCUGAAGGAGAAGGACUUGGCAAUCAUCAAAUAUUUACAGGACCAAGGAGUUCUCAUCCUGCUCACAUCCUCAGCCUUGGCACGGGAGGAUGGCCUGGAGCCCAAGGAGCCCGUCAGCCUGCUGGCCCUGUUCCUGUUCAGCUCGCCCCGGGCCCUGAGCCCCAGAGUGGAAAAGGAGGACCCAAAGGAUGGGAAGGAGGGCAGUGCCAGGAGUGCCAUCUCCCUAAAAAUCGCCUCCGUUUUGCCGGGACUCCGCUACGCCUUGCGGAAAGCAGCCAGUUCCUCCUGGAACGCCACGGGCGGCCCCCGCAUCCAGGAGCACCUCCAGGAAUAUGCAAAACUGCAGGAAAACUCUCAGCCCAGCCCUGGCCAGAGCAGCGACGUUCCCGUUGCUCCUGUCCCCUCUCCAUGCCGGGAUGGGGAUGCUGACCCUUCCCAAAAGCUCUCGGAGCGAUCCCUGGCCCAGCUGCGGCGUUACCUCUCCGACCCCGGCAGCUUCACCCUGGGAAUCUCAGCAGCCUUGCAGUGUCUCAGUGGGGCUGGCAGGAAUCUGGGAGCUGAUCCUGGGAAUUCCUCCUCAGUGCCCCCAGAUCCUGCUCCUCCCAGCAGAGCAGCGGGAAUAACGCGGGAUAAGACAGAGCUUCCCAGUCCCACUCCGGAGAGAUUCCUAAAAAGCAUCACCUCUCCCACCAAGCCCUGGGGCCGGGAGAUCAGGAGGAAAUCCAGCAGGAUCCUCGGGAAGAAUGUGCCACCCCUCAAGGCACAAACACAUCCUGGAGAGAACAAUAGCAGGAGCAGGGAGGCAGCCAAGAAAAAAGCCAACGUCACUUCCUCUUGUCCCAAAAAAUCGGGAUCCACGGGCAAUUCCAACGAGCCCAUGCUGAAAUUGGCCAAUUUGCAGUUGCCACAUGGAAGGAAAAGAGGUGCAGAGGUCCUGGCUGCAGAAAUUGUCCACAAACCCCCGUGUGAAAGUGCUGAGAAGGAAAGCUCAGCUCCCAAUGGUCCUGGCAUGGAGGCAAAGAGGCCAAAAACCCUGGAAAACCUGGACUCCAAGAAGAUUCCUGCCACUGAGAGUGGCACAAAGCCAGGGAAAAGCAAAAUGCAGAAAAACGUGGAAAACAGAGCAUCAAAACCUCCGGAGAAGCAGCAGGAAGGGAGCGAGCGGAAGGAGCUCCGGAGCGAAGCCUCAUCCGAACCCCCCGGAGCAGAACUCCCCAGGAAUGUUCAUCCCGUGGCAAUUCCCGGCGCUGCCUUCGCCCUGCAAGGGGACGACAGCGACUCCCACGCCCUGAACCUGCUGGCUGACCUGGCCCUGGGCUCCUGCAUUCCUGCCUUUAUUCCCAAGGAUUCUGGGCUCGUCCCCGUGGGAUCCGGGGAUUCCUGGGAGCAGCGGAGCCCUCCCGACGCCAAAUCCCUGCGCGCGCCUUCCGACCACAGAUACCACAGGGCGGACAAGCAGGGCAAAAAAUCCACCUCCAGCAAGGUGGCCCUGACCCAGGCGCUUCCCGAAGAAACAGAUUCCAGCCGGCUGGCCUCUCCUCCCAGGGAAAAAACCUCUGGAAUUUUCAGCGGGAGCAGCGGCGUUCCCAUCCCCGCCGCGUUCCAGGCGUUUCCUCCCCGCCGAGCUCCGCAGGCCUCCGAGGUGAACAGCCACUCCAUCAUCUCAGCCGAGCACUCCUACGCCUCCCCCAUGCCCGAUGAUCCCAAAACGCCCCCAGAUCCCAAAGGGAAUCCCAGUCCUGGCUCCAGGAGCGCUCCGGCAGCUCCCUUGGUUGGGAAGGUGCUGCCGUUCCGGCACCAGCAGAGCAGCGCCGCCAAGCCCGCCCGGAGCAGCGGCUCUGCCAGGAAAAAGGAGGAUUUCUCCAAGAGCCACACGGUGAAUCUCUCUGGGAAUUCCAUGAAGGUCACGUGCCGCUGGGAAGAGGAAUACCUCUUCCACCUGGACAGCAGGUACACCAAUGAUUCCCUGGAGAAAACUGUCAUCCGUGCCCUGCAUGGGCCCUGGGAUCCCGAUCUUCCCGACGAUGUGGAAGGGAUGAAGCUGAUCCUGCACAUGUGGGUGGCUCUGUUCUACAGGAAGCCCAGCAAGCUCCUGAGCAGCUCCAGGAAAGUGGUGGAGCACAGCAAUCCCAGGAAAUUCGUCUCCAUCAACAGCUCCGGUGGCUUCCUGGAGCUCAGCGACGACAGCCAGGACUGCUUUGGCUUCGAGACAUGUCCUGCAGACUCCGGCUCGGAUCCUGACCAGACUCCCAGCAGCUCCCUGGAUCCCAGCACCCCUUCCCAGGGCGCUGCCCAGCCCGAGAAAAGCCCCGCGGAUUCCCAGACGGACGCGGACGGAGCUGCUGGAGCUGUGGACAGCACCGUGUCCUCCUCCUCGGGGGAGCUGCCCUGCGGGGAGGAGGAGGAGCCUUCCUCCACCAGCUGUCCCGAGAGCCUUUCCCUGCAGGAUCAUUCCAGGAAAAAGCUGGAUGUGGCCGGCAGGGAGCCGGAGGGCGUGCGCGAUGUCUCCAGCGUCACCGCGGAGGAGCCAGCCAAGGAGGAGCUGGUGGAUGCCAGGAUCACCCCCAGCCCUCCCGAGGAGCUCGGCUGUCCCAGCAAAUCCCUGGAUGCGCCGGGCACGGAAAACCCCGGGAGCCAAGCCCCGAAUUCCAGCACAGCUCCAUGGACAGACCCCCCCUGUUCACCUCAGGAAAACGGGGAGCAGCAGCAGGAAAACCAGCAGGAAGCAGGCUCAGAGAGUGGCCCUGGCCCUCCCGAGGAUGAGGAGGCAAUGGGAGGCUCUGGGCAUUCCCGGGAAGUUGAGGAUGGCGCUGAUCCUGCCUGGGAUUCCAUGCCCUUGGAAGCAACUCGUGGAAGUGCAGAGCCUGGGGGAGCCACUGAGGAAGGGGAGGAAUCCCAGGAGCCCUCGGAAAAGGAGGAGAGGGAGGUGGAGGUGGAGGAGGAGAAGGAAGAGAACGAGGAGCUGGAGGAUGAAAGCCCCUUUGUGGGCGCCGUGGAUUUGGUGCUGUCCGAGAGCAGCGAUGCCGAGAUGGAAUGCGAGCACGGCGAGCAGAAUCCAGGGAAUUCUGCGUCUCCAGAGGAGUUUGGUGCUCCUGAAGAGGACCCCAUGCCCAGCCCCACCUCCCUGGCACCCCCCUGCCCCGACAGAUCCUCCCCAGCACCCUCAGAUGGGGCUGGGAGUGACCCUGGAGGCUUUCCUGAGGAGAUGUCACCAAACCAGGAGGAGCUCCCGAAUCCCUGGGACGCUCCGGGCACGCCGGAUUCGGAGACAAACGGGGUUGGAGUGGCCAGUCCGGCCGAGGUGGGGUCACCCCACAGUGACAGCGGGGAGCUGCCAGUCCCCCCUGAGCCCAGCCUUGUCCGUGGGGCACAGCCCGACAGCGUUACGGACAGCCCGGGGCCUGCUGGAGCCACGCUGGGGAGCGGCUCGGAGCACAAAAACCGGGAUCAGGCGCCCUCCGGGGAAAGGUGGGAGCCUGCUGGGAGCACGGGAAUGACCCUGACCCUGUCCCCCGACUCCAGCUCCGUCUGCCUGACCUCUCCCGACAGGUCCGUGGAUCCGUGGGCUGCUCCAGAGGAUCAGCCCAUGGAGAGCGUCCAGUCACCGUCCCAGAGCGACCGGGGACGGAGCAGCUGCUUCUCCCAGCUGGGUGGGGACGACGCCGAUCCCGACCCCGAUUCCCUGGAUGCUGAGGAGUCAAACCAAGGCGGGAACGGGGUUUUGGAGGAGGAGCAGCAGGGGAGCCCCUCUGCCAACGAGGAGGAGCUGGAUGAUCCCAUGGGAGCAGGAGAUGGCCGGGACUCCCCCUUUGACUACACAGACAUGGGAGAUGACUGCAGAGCUGAGGAGAGCGAGGAUGUGUUCCCCGGGGCAGAGAAUUCCCCUGGGAACGGCAGCACGAACAUGGAGAUGGAGGAGAUCCCUCUCCACCUGGAAUCGGAGCCCUCCUCCUCCAUCAGGGAGGGCAUCUCAGCCAUACAGGAGCUCCCCAGGCAGCAGCAGAGCUUCCCAAACAUCCACGGGGACUCGGCUCCUGCUUCUCCUGCCGCCGGAGACUCCCAUCCCGGCGUUCCCGCCGUGCCGGGCCGGCGCGAGUCGGUGCUGUGCCGCCUCUGGAAGCCGUGCCGGGAAGGAGGAGCCGCGCAGGUGAGCGUGGCUGCCUGGAGCCUGGAUGGCUCCUUCCAUCCCAGCUGCUCCCAAGAGCUGUCGGAAUGCCCAGCUCCCUGCUCCCCCGUGGAUGCGGCAGCGGGGCCGGGAUCUGCUCCUCCUUCUCCGUGUGACCCGUGGGACGAUCCGGAGGCUGCGGAGCCGGGCUCGCCGCUCCCUGAGGCGCUCCCCGGGAUGCUCCCUCCCACUCCGGACAGUGCCCAGUGGGCUGGGAGCCAUGGCAGCCCCGGGAGCCAUGGUAGCCCCGGGAGCAGCCCUGGGAACUGUGGCAGCCCAAGGAGUCAUGGUAGCCCCGGGAUCUGUGGCAGCCCUGGGAGGUACGGUAGCCCUGGGAGUGGUGGGAGCCCCAGGGACCAUGGCAGCCCCAGGAGCUAUGGUAGCCCCAGGAGCCAUGGCAGCCCCAGGAUCCAUGGUAGCCACGGGAUCCAUGGCAGCCCCAGGAGCUAUGGCAGCCCCGGGAGCCAUGGUAGCCCUGGGAGCCAUGGUAGUCCCAGGAGCUGUGGUAGCCCCAGGAGCUGUGGUAGCCCCAGGAGCUGUGGUAGCCCCAGGAGCCAUGGUAGCCCUGGGAGCCAUGGUAGUCCCAGGAUCCAUGGCAGCCCCAGGAGCUGUGGUAGCCCUGGGAGUGGUGGGAGCCCCAGGAUCCAUGGUAGCCCCAGGAGCUGUGGUAGCCCCAGGAUCCAUAGCAGCCCCGGGAGCUGUGGUAGCCCCAGGAGCCAUGGUAGCCCCAUGGGCUGUGGCAGCCCCAGGAGCUGUGGUAGCCCCAGAAGCCAUGGCAGCCCCAUGGGCUGUGGUAGACCCAGGAUCCAUGGUAGCCCUGGGAGCUGUGGUAGCCCCAGGAGCUGUGGUAGCCCCAGAAGCCAGGCAGGGGAUGCCAGAGGGAGCCCCGGGGAGGAGCCCUUCCCGCCGGAGGACCUGGAAGGAGGCAGCAUUCCCAGUCCUGCACCUUCCCCAGCCCGGGAGUGUGCCCUGUGCGAGCCCUGGGAUGUGUGUGAGCACAGCCCCGAGGGACCCCAGGCGUUCCCCGAUCCCGACUGUGCCGGCGCCGAGGUGGGACAGGGAGAAAUUCCCGCUUCUCCCAUCCCGUGGGACGAGCCCAGGGAUCUCUCUGGAGAAAACCUGGAGUUCAGUGAUGCCGAGCAUAUUUCGGAUCUGCUCCCAAGGGAAGAGCAGCUCCCAAGCCAAGACACACACGAGGGCUUGGCCUUUGAAGAUCCAUUGGAGAAUUCCUUUGGUGACUCAGACCAGGAAUAUUUUGAGGGGAAUUCUCACUCCCCUCUUCCAAGCAGGAGUUCCUGCAUCAUGAGAUCCAUGGAUGCUGCAGGAGCAAGGACUACCCGGGACAGCUCCUCCAGGAGCUCCGUGCACACGGAGGAGCACGGGGAGGCCCGGGACUGGGACGUGCCCAGGGAUUACAGGAGCUUUGUCAUCACCAGGCAGUGCCAGGAGAGGACGGAACAUUUCCAGCUUCCCAGGAGGCACAGCCGCCGUGCCCGGGAAUCCCACCUGGCCCUCUCCCUGAUGGAGACCUGGAGGGACUUUGAGGAAAUCACCCAGAACACUUUGGACAUGGAGUGUCUCCGCUUCCAUUAUAAGCUAAAAGAAAUCCUAAGGAAGGGCAAACCGCCCUUUUCUACCUCCAAAAGCAUCUUCCCAACGGACUUUCCUCCCCGCCACGCCCCCAUCCCGCUGUCCCCGCGCAGCAGGAGCCCCUUGCAGGUGACAAUUCCCCCCUCGGACACGUGGCCGGGCGGGCUGUGCUCCCGCGGGGACGCUUGGGCCACCAGGAGAGGCCGAUCCCGGGCCAGGAGCCGGGACCGCCGGGCUCCCUCGCACCUGGGCAAGCUGCGGUACGAGCACGCCCCGCCGGAGCCGCGCGGGGACGUGGCCGGCAUCCUGGACGAGUUCUCCGAGUUCCAGAGGGUGCUGCUGGCCGGGGCCGAGGCCGGGAGCGAUCCCGUGGCGCGGGGGGAGGCCGGGAACGGGCGGGCGGGGGUGGCCCAGCCCCGCGGGACGGCGGCGUUCCGGGGGAUGGCGGCGGAGCUGUGCGGGGCCCUGAGCCGCCACCUGCGCCGCGUGGCCGCCAGCGGGCAGCCCGGAAUGUUCUACCUGCUGGAGACUGGGAAGGAGCCCUUCUUCGACAGGGUGAAGGCCCUGCUGAAGGCACAGGGGUUUGUGAGGACAGAGCCCCUGAACUUCUGCGGGCACCGGGACAGCGAGCGGCUGCUGGUCAUCGUCAGGAACGAGGACAUCGCCUCCCACAUCCACACUGUGCCGUGCCUGCUGGAGCUGAAGCGCUGUCCCAGCGUGGUGUUCGCCGGCGUGGACGAUCCCGAGGAGGUGACAGGCGACACGUUCCAGGAGCUCUUCCAGGCUGGAGGGUUCGUGGUGUCCGACGAGGAGCUGCUGGAAAGGGUGACCUUGGGCCAGCUGAAGGAGGUGGUGAAGGUGCUGGAGAAGCUGAACAGGAGCGGGAGGUGGAAGUGGCUCCUGCACCACAGGGAGAGCAAGAAGCUCAGAGGAGACCUCAGCAGGGACGAUGCCAGUGCCCAGAAGAAGCAGCUGCUGCUGAGGUGGUGCCAGGGGGCAGAGCUGCUGGAGCCGCUGCCCUUCCACGGCUGCGACUCCGCUCCCGAGAGCCGGCGCGCCCAGUGCCUGCUGGAGCUGCAGGUGCAGCACGUCCGCGCCAGGUUCGCCGUGUACCUCACAGAAAAUCCCAGCAGCAGCAGCAGGGAGAUCCUGGAAAGCAAAGGAAUUCUUGUGGCUGACAUCAACACCUUCCUCAGCACGGUGCAGAAAGUGGCUGCUCCCUUUAGAAGAAGCUACUGGUGACAGAGCGAAGCCACGAGGACACUGCUCCUCCCCAGUCUGGGCACCCCGGUCCUGUGGGGGACAUCCCCUCCAUCCAUCCCAGUCAGUCCCAGUGGAUCCCCACCAUCCAUCCCAAUUAUAAUUAUCCAAUUAUAAUUGGAUCCCAGUUAUCCCAGUGGAUCCCAAUUAUCCCAGCUGCUGCUGGGGGUGGGGGAAGUCGGUUUUAGCUCUGUACAUAAAUCUUAUUUAAAGGUGGGGAAUGCAAAUCCUCGGGGGGAUUCAUUCCCUGCCAUCCAGUCUUGCAUAGGAAAAUUCCUUUUAACGGUACAACUAAAUUAUUGGAGUGGUUUCAAGUCUUUCGUGCAGCUGCCCUUGGAGCAAGCAAAUGAGUUUGUCCCAAAGUCUACUUGAAGAUUAGGAAUGAGAACAAAUCCCUUUUCCACGCGGUCGUUGCUCUUCAGGCCCACACUACAUUUCAUCUCACCCCCGUUGCCUCCUGCUGCCGGUUCCCUGCUGGGACUCGUGGAAUCCCAGCACGGGGAACCCUUGCUGAUAGCAGGAAGCCGGGACGCAGGAACAAAAUAAGCUCUUAUUUAUGGGGGCCCCGUUCCCGACCCGGCUCCGCGGGGCAGGGGCGUCCUUUUAGUUCGUUUUUAAAUCCAAGACUGCGAGGCCGUUGUGUACAUGAUGAAUUUGUAAAGAGUUUGAUUAAUAAAACCUCCAAAAUAACGAA